UUUUACAUGAGAUUUUGAAAGCACUUUUUCGAAUAUUGGUCAUGGAACUACAAAUCUUAUUAAUCAUAUAAUGUUAUAUUAUAUUUCACAGUAUUUUUACUUUUAAUCAUUAAGAAUGAAAUCGUUUCUGACUGAUUCAGCGUUAACAAAUAUUGUGAACAGUGGAGCUUUCGGUAAAGGUUGUUAUUUUGUAUCAUUUGAACGGGAUUUGAAUAAUGAAGGUGAAGAUCAGUUUCAAUCUAUUAUAGUUUAUGGAACCAUAAAAGUAUCGGAUGGUCGAUAUUAUCAAGUUAUUAUCAAAAUAAAUGAAGGUACUCUAGAAAAUAUGAAUAUUGAUGUACAAUUUCACAAUGAAAUACAAAUGUAUAAAAAAAUAAUUCCAUUUUUGAUGUCGUUUAAUCAUCAUUCAACCAAACACUAUACACAACUGUUUCCCAAAUUUUAUUCUGCAAUUGAAAGUGACAGGGAUAACUUAGAAAAAACAAUGAUCGUUUUAGAAAAUAUGCAUCCUCAAGGUUAUAGGCUUUCGGAAAAUCGUCUCUUCUUAGACUUUGAUCAUUUAGCUUCUUGUCUACGAGCCAUUGCAAAAUUUCAUGCUCUAUCAUACACAGCAAAAAACCGAGAUAUGAAUACUUUCAAAAGAUCUAUUGAAGGUAUUAGUAGCACAGCUUGGGAUUCUAAUGGUCAAUGGGUAUAUCCAGAGAAAUCGUUGACUAUCAUUGGUAAACGGGGGUUAAAUAGAUUACUUGAACGAGAUCCAGCUAAAUAUCGUAACCAUAAAAAUGUAAAAAAAUUAAUUUAUCUUCUUGAUAAUGGAUAUAAUAGUUUGCGUCAAACUCUUUUAUCUCGAGAACCUCUAGCCGUCUUGUGUCACGGUGACUUCUGUAGAAAU